GGGUGUCGGUAGCGCACCACACUGCUGUUUGCCAGCCGCCAUAAACACCUCGAAGAAGUCAGGCCAUUUACCCUGCAGACCACCGAGACGUCCCGCACGGAGGAGGCGUAAACUGUGUUUAUAUUUAUAUUUAUCACUCCGACACAUGACAACAAGUCAGGGCUUUACUUGCUCGAUCUGUCGCUGGUCUCUGUUAGCGGAUAAAAAUGAGUCCAGCAGCAGUUGUUGCUCGCUAAGCUGCAAUCAGAUGAGAAACACUCACUGUGUUUUUUGUGCAAAUUAUCAUGAUUUCUGGAUUAACUUGGAUUAAAGUGGCUAUGAAGUCAAGCAUGCCUUUGCAGAGCUGUGCUGCAGGAGUCGGAUCGGAGCUCGGGAGCACGGAUUACAGACUUUAUGGAGCAGAGGAUGCAUCAUUAUGUUGAACCACAGACUGUGCAGACAGCUUUCUAAGAGCCAGCCUCGACUUCCUGUGUGGAUUUCCCUCCUACUCGCUCCACAAGUCUGUUUGGACACGUAGCUCUUACGUCCUCACACACACACACACACACACACACCCUUGUCUCUUUCUCACACAGUCAUGUCCAGGUCUAGUCGGAGGUACAAGCCUCUGCAGCAGAGCAACGGCAGCGGCUCUUUCCCCGGCUGUGACCGGGUGCGGAUGCCCCGGGCCCGGGUACUGCUCAUCUGUCUGCUCGGGUUCCUGGUGCUGGCGGUGGUGCUGGGAGUCUACCUGUCAAACGACACCACCGCUGGACAUGUGAACCGCAUGCCGGCCGUAGAUCUGACCAAAGACAGGUUGUCCCACAAACCCAGUAAGUGCUCUCCUGCUCAAAUCCGCCGCCUGGCCUCUCAGGUGGAUGGCACUCGCCUGUGGGAGACUCACCUGAGGCCCAUCCUAAUAGAGAGGCUCCCAGGGACACAAGGCAACCUGGCUGUACAGCAGCACAUCACCUCCACUCUGUCUUUGCUGUCUGCCGGCUGGGCCAUCGAUUUAGACUCCUUCCAGUCUUCAACUCCCCGAGGCCAGGUCACGUUCACCAACAUUGUUGCCACUCUGGACCCUUCUGCCCCUCGCAGGCUGCUCCUGGCCUGCCACUACGACUCCAAGGCUUUGCCUCCGGACCCCCGUGCCCCAGAGAAGGUAUUUCUGGGGGCGAGUGACUCGGCCGUGCCCUGUGCUAUGAUCCUGGAGCUCGCCACGUCUCUGGACGCCCAGCUUAGAUCAUUCAAACAGCAGAAACUUCCAGUGUCUCUUCAGCUGGUGUUUUUCGACGGAGAGGAGUCAUUUGAAGAGUGGACCGCCACAGAUUCGCUGUACGGCUCACGUCACCUGGCCGAGCGCAUGGCCAACACGCCUCACCCCGCGGGCUCAGCACACACCAUGCUUCAGGCGGUGGACCUCUUUGUGCUACUAGACCUGCUUGGCAGCCCCGAUCCACUGAUUGCGAAUCACUUUGACAACACGGCACGCUGGUUCGACCGGCUUAUUGCUGCAGAGAAGAGACUCCACCGACAGGGUCUGUUGACAUCCCACCCCUCAGAGCAGACAUAUUUUAGGAAGGAUGUGUACCUUGGUCCUGUACAGGAUGACCACAUCCCCUUCCUUCAUAAAGGCGUCCCCGUGCUACACGUCAUCGCCACUCCCUUCCCACAGUUCUGGCACACGCUGGAUGACACGGAGGAGAACAUGCAUCGUCCCACCGUGGUGAACCUGACCAAGAUCAUGGCUGUGUUUCUGGCAGAGUAUCUGGGCUUCUGAAAACACAGCCAAAGACGUUUCACUGAAGCACUAGUGCUGUUUGUCACACUAAUGACAGAGAAUUGCUUAAACGACCAGCAUGACUUGAACCUAAAAUGCAGAAAAGAAGUUUACGGGGAUACCAGCUAAAACUUUACCAAAGACUCGGCCCUGCUGGAUGGACCAGUCUCCCUGGUUUCAUUUGAAUAACAUGCUGGAGACGCAUAUCUAAAAGUCUGCACAUGUGAUGUGGACAAGCGAGUCUUAAUUGGAGUGAUUAUAAUACUGGGAUCGUGGUACUGGAGGGGAAGUCUGUGAAUUUGUAGCUGUAGCAUUUUAUUUACUCCGUUCAUACGAUCGAGAUGCACUAAUGUCUUCUUGAAAGACAGAAUUUGAGACAGGCUCCCCGAAGCUGCUGUGAACGCUGUUCAUACAGCGACACACGGCGAACGACAGCCAGGUCAUAUCUGUGAAUAACUGGCACUUUUGAAUGAGGAUCCUCUUGGCCUUACAACCUGCUGUUAUUAACUGCUACCUACUAUUUUUUUGUGUCAGUGAAAUGAUGUUUAUGUUACACCAUGUAAACGGUGUAGUGAAAUGUCUGCAAUAAAGUUAAAAUGGUUUUAUUCUGA